CAAGCUGUCAAAUUGAAAACUUGAAAAAGAAAAGACAAUUUUUUAUUAAUUGCUGAGCAGGAGAUCAAAUUUGUUCAAAGUUUAAAUCGAAGCUAUAACCAAAAUAACCAAAAUGAAUAAAAAUUCGAAGCGAAACAAAAGCUCAAAAUCAGAAGAACAGAAAUAUUCAGUAGACCAAAAUGAAGACUUUGAUGUAGACGAGGAACUGGAAGCAUUACUUGGUGGUGCACCAACUGAAGACAUAGAUGAGGAUGCUUUCGACAUCAGGGGUGCACUCAAAGCGCUUAAUGAAAAUGUGAACGUCAUUUCCAUUUCGGAUUCCGACUCCGAUUCGAAGGAUGAGACACGUAAGAAACAUGUGAAAGCUUCGAACAAACAGGAUAGCCAGAAAGCCAACCAACCUAAAACAGAAUCGAAGCAGAUGAAGAUGAACAAAUGGUAUUUAAAGGAGUUCGAGGAGCACAUGGGUUUCGAAAUCGGAGAAUCCGACGAUGAAGGGGAUAAAGCUGAAAGUAAGAGCGAGAAAUCCACCAGCUCGGAAUCGGAAAAGGUCAGCGAUUGGGAUGAUUCCAACUCUGAUGGUUCACCCUCUGAAUGGCUGACAAACCUGAAGGACAUCGGUAAAUUUACAUUGGAUAAAAGCUCUGAAGAAGCAAAGCCAAGCCAAAAUGAAGAAUGCGUAGCUCUGCCAGUUUUUAAUGGUCCCAUGCCUUCGAUGCCAAUAUAUGAUGAAGAGACCAGUCAAUUCGAAAUCGUACAAAAUCACAAAGAACCUGAAAUAAUAGAACAGAUAAUUGAAAUGGAAAAACCAAGUCAGUUUGGCAACGAAACCGAAAAAACCGAUUUGCCACCUUUGGAGGAGGAAGACUAUCUCUCCGACAGUGAUAUUAGCUCCAAUUUUAGCUUAAGCAGUGGGAAUAGCUUAACUAGACUUGAUGAAGGCAAUGAAGAUAUAAGCACAGAUUUAAAUGACGAAUCAGGCAGGAAUGAACUAACUUACUGGGAGGAAAUGUCUACGCUCCCCGUGGACAAAGGUGAAAUUUCUCAAGAAGAUAUUAUGGCAAUUAUGAAGGAAGAGGAAAAUCAAAAAAAUUCCGACAAAUCACCGGAGCAUCGAAGUGAUUCGGAGGUGGAAGAAGCCGCAAGAGAUCAGACCGUGCCCCAUAAUGGCUCAGAUUUUUACGAAGACAGCACUCAGUUUCCGGAGAACAGAGAAAACUUUAGUGUUCUGGUCAUCAAAGAGGAGUCGGUGUUCGUGGACUAUGAAAAAGCCGUCGAAAAACUUGUUAAGCUCGUCGAAUCGGCUCCUAGUCAUUGCAAAUAUGAGAUAAAUCAACUGAUAUACCCCCUGGUGGCCCUGACUUAUCUACAAAUGAUGGCCAGUGAUAAGAGGCAGGGGGCCAGAUUGUUUUUGAUUCGAAAUCAAGACUAUUUGGACGAUUCGUACUUGCCAAGACUAAUGAAACUUAGGGAUAUAUUAAGGCCUCAAGACGUUCCCAAUAAGGCCCGAAAAUUGCUGGCCGGUCACGAGAAACUGGAGGUUCAAAUGUCGCAGGAUGCCUAUCGCCAGUUUCUUUGCUACACAGAGGAAUGGCCCAAGGGUCAGCAGGAAAAGUUGCUGGCCCAUUUUCAGAUUCAAACCUAUGGAGAGGGUGAAAGGCCACAGCAGCGUUUCGUCCUGGGAAAACCCCUUUUGGAACCCAUUUUCUGGGCUGCUCCGGAACCGUUGCACAAGAAGGAAUACACCACUCGUCCUUUUCUGCAAAAACGUCGCCGGAGGAAGAACGAGCCGCAGGCUCAUAAGAAUCUUCACUUGCCACCGGCGGACAGGGUGUACAACCCCAAUCCCAAGAGAAUGGAUUUGCUGCACCGCAAGAACGAUGAGCAGCACCGGAUGAGAUUGGAUCGGGAGCACCUGCCCUCAACCUAUUUGUAUACAGCUCCUCCCAGCGAUGAGAAGGUGAUUUGUGCCUCGUUUUCUGAGAGCAUCAGCAUGUUGGCCUUGGGAACGGCAUCCUCUGCCGUACACAUUUUCUCCCUGAAACCCUCGAAGUUGGUUCAGCUGAAGUCAGCCAGUUGGUUGAAUGUUCUGGACACCGGAAUGGCUGGCAUUGACAAGGGCAUGCUGGAUCCCACCAAGAAGUCCUCGAGACGCACUCUUCACGGGCAUCAGGGACCGGUCUAUGGGUGUUCAUUUAAUCCGGAUGAUCGCUUUCUGCUCAGUUGCUCGGAGGAUUUCUCCGUUCGCAUGUGGUGCCUUCUGUCCUGGAGUUGUGUGGUUAUUUUUCCUGGCCACUUGUCUGCCGUUUGCUUUGUGGUCUUUGCACCAAUGGGUUACUAUUUCGCCACCGCCUCGGAUGACUGCACGGCCAGGGUUUGGGUGCAGGAUAAUAGGAGACCCGCUCGAAUCCUUCAAGGACAUUUGGCCGAGCUGGCGGUGUGCAUAUUUCACCCAAAUCGUCAAUACCUGGCCACUGGAUCGGCUGAUUGCACAGUGAGGAUGUGGGACAUCGUCAAGGGAGCCCAGGUGCGUGUUUUCACUGGCCACACGCACAGGAUUAACGCCUUGACCUACUCCAUCUGUGGUCGCUAUUUGGUUUCUGGCGGGGAUGACAAUCUCAUCAUGGUUUGGGACACUGCCCAUGAGGUUUUGAUCCGUUUCUUGGACCAUCAUAAGGCAGCUAUUAACACCCUGGAAAUUGCCUUGGACAACAACUUAUUGGUGGUGGGCGGGCAAGACUGUCAGCUCACCAUUUGGGACUUUGAACGGAUGCUAAAGGACUAUUUAGGAAGGUCCAAGACUUUGAGGAAGAGAACUGAGGAGGAAGAAAAAGAGAAGGGUGCCAAAGAUUUGCUCAUUGGCUCGUAUCCCAGCAAGGGUGCACCAUUCUAUAUGAUCCGCUUUAGCCGUCGAAAUCUUCUAGUGGCUUUCUGUGUGUCGCCCCAGGAAUCGAUAGGUAACAACACUGAUGUCAAGGAAAAGCAUUCCCAGCAUCAGAAAAAUGGGCAAGUUCACGAUUGGCUGAACUUGCUGGACACUCUGAAGUUAAAGGCUUGUGUUGGUCUUAAAAAGGAAUUGCAUGUGGAUACUGAACAGGUGAAGAAGGAAGAGGCAUCAACAAACAAAUAAAUUGUGAGAAUGAAAAAAAUAAUUUACAGAAUUUUGUA